AUGCAGCAGAGUGUCUCACUUAGUGUCCCUUGGACUCCAAACUGUCCAAAUGGAAAUUGCUUUGAUUACGUAUCAAUGGCAAAGUCCUGUGACUUUCUAUAUGUGAAGGCCUAUGACAUGCAACUUGAAAUGUGGGAUGAGUGUUUUGCAAAAGCAAAUGCUCCCUAUCACCAAACAUUAUCAGGUCUGUCUAAUUAUAUCAAGCUGGGUGUUGAUCCCAAAAAGCUCAUACUUGGACUCCCAUGGUAUGGUUAUGACUAUCCUUGUGAGCAUUUCUAUGAGCCUGGAAGAUGCAAAUUGAAAAAGUUUACUUCUAAAGGUGCUCCGUGCAGUUCUCAAAUUGCAAACCAGGUUGAGUACAAACAGAUCAUGCAGAUGUUGCCCAGAUCAAUCACUGGCAGGUAUUGGGAUGAUAACUACAAAUCCCCGUAUUUUGUUUACAAGGAUAAAGAUGUUUACCAUGAGGUCUGGUAUGAUGACCCAGAGAGCCUUUCACUGAAGUCAUCUAUUGUGAAGAAAUUAAAACUUGGUGGUGUCGGGGCCUGGUUUGGAAAUAGCCUAAACUACAGUGAGAAUCCGACAGCAGCAAUGCAAACUGAAGACAUGUGGAAAGCUCUCUGCCCGAUCAGAUUGAAAUGGAGAACUUGA